AAACAAUUUCUUAACCUUGAAAAAUGUUUCGCUUGAAAGAAUGUGAUAAGUGUAUAAUAAAUGUAAAAACACUAUUGAUUAACACUUUCUUUAUCAAUUAGAAUGUGAUGAUUUGAGAGUUUAUAGGUUAGAUAAAUAACGAUGAAGACUCCAUGCUUGAUAUUAUCCAAGAUAACAAGAAGUUUUUCUAGUGCGAUAGUUAAAUUAGAAAAAAAUAUGAGUGAAAAAACUUACGAGGACGCUUUAGCAGCUUUAAAUGAUCUACAAAGUAAUGCUCAAUAUAUUAGAGACGCAGGAAAAUCUAAUAUAUUGAAACAAGUUGCGAAUAAACCGGAAGUUUUAACCUAUCUACAAAGAACUGGUCUAAAUGUAAAAGAUUUAGAUAAACUUAAAGUGGUACACGUAACGGGAACAAAUGGGAAAGGUAGUACUUGCGCUUAUACGGAACAAAUUUUAAGAAAUCACGGUUGCAAAACGGGUUUUUUUUCAUCACCUCAUCUCCUUGAAGUUCGUGAAAGGAUACGAAUAAAUGGAAAACCCAUAUCAAAAACUGAAUUCACUCAUUAUUUUUGGAAAAUACACGAUCUUCUUACCAACAACAAGGAAAAUUUCACUGAUAUGCCGAUGUAUUUCCGGUUUAUGACUAUUUUGGCUUUUCACAUUUUUUUGGGGAAUAAAAUCGAUGUGGCGAUAUUAGAAGUUGGUAUAGGUGGAGAAUAUGAUUGUACUAAUAUUGUAAAAAAAACUUUGGUAGUAGGAAUUACCCCGUUGGAUUUGGAUCAUAUGUCACUUUUAGGUGAUAGUUUAGAGUCGAUUGCUUGGCAUAAAGCUGGUAUCAUGAAAGAGGGUUGUACGGCUCUAACGGUACCUCAACCACUUAAUGUUUUCAGGAUUUUUAAAGAACGAAGCAUAGAAAAGAAGUGUACAUUGAAUGUUGUAGAUUGUGAUUAUUAUGGUGGAAAUGAUAGGAUACCUUUGAAUGUGUGUAAAACUAAUGCGAGUUUGGCGUUGGCUUUAGCAGAGGCUUUUCUUAACAAAGACGAAAAUCGAAAUUUUAAAAAGUUCGAUUUUGAUUUAGCCAAAAAAUCGAUAGGAAUUACGUACUGGCCGGGUCGAUAUGAAAUCAAACCUCACCAAAAUCACACGUUUUAUCUAGAUGGCGCUCACACUUUGGACAGUUGUCGUGUCUGUAGGGAUUGGUUCGUAUCGCACGUUAAUAAUUCGAAAAAGAAACGUUGUUUGAUAUUUAAUUUGACGAGAGAUAGACGGGCCGAUGUUUUUUUUCGAGAAUUACUAACCUGCGAUUUCGACGUUGCCAUUUUUAUACCGAACGUUGGUAGUAACAACGACAAACCAGAAUAUCGAAAACAAUUGCUGAAUUCCACAUUGGGAAGCAAAAAAUCGCAAACUAGUUGACGUAAAAUCGAAAAUUUGUUUAAACAGAGAAUAAGACACGAAGAAAAAGAAGAAGAAAAACAAUUUUCGACGUUUUUACAUUACAUUUACGGUCUUCUUUUUGCAUUAUGUCUUAUAAGUGGUCUUGAUCGUUGUUAUUAAAUUAGUAAUUUGGAAACUUUUUGCUCUUCUUUUUUAAUUUUUUAAAACGAAAGAGAGAGAAGAAAAAUAAGAAGAAAAAAACGUAUUUUUAACUUUUCCGUCUCAUAAUAUUAUUUUUUAUACGUGGUUUCGAUCUUUUUAUCAUUCAUCAUCAAUAAAUCGUUUUUAAAUUCUUCUUUUUUAUCUAUCGAUAUUAAUUAUUACUAUAUAAGGUUAACUUAUUCACAAAUAACAAAUGUCAUUAUUCGUUCAUGGGGUUUUGUAUCUAAUUUUUAAAGAUACAGCGGAUUUUCUAUGCCCCGCAGACAAACAAUUGGUACAAUGCGAAGCGAACAAGAAACUUUGGUUAGAAAUGGAGGGAAAUCGGAGUAAAAAAGUCGAAAUCGCUUUAGUUUUGCCGUCUUUCGAAAAAACCGUCGAAUUUUUAAACCGAACCGGGGAAUACGAUUCGCUCGUCACAGGUUCCAUACAUUUAAUAGGAGCAGCUCUUUCGAUUCUAGACCCGAAUCUCGGGGGCACGUUGAAAGAUGAUUGAAACUAUCGAUCGAAUUUAAUUUGUGCUAUAAACAAAUUGAGAAAAAAAUUUUAAUCUCAUUUAUUUUGCUUAAGUAUAUAAAUUGUUCCCUACAUACUGUGAUUCUAUAAAAUAAAUUUGUUUA